AUGUCGGUCCAUAUCCAGUUUGAUCAACCGGAAUCCAGAUGCUACACGAAUCUCGACUUCGUGACCGGCAGGGUCAUCCUAGUCCUUCCAUACGAUGCCGCAAUCACCGCUGUCACCGUCAAGCUUGAGGGAGAGAGUCGCACCAGACUCUCCGGACCGAAAUUUCCUGGCAAUGAACGCUCAGAUAAGAGGAGGUACGAGCUAGAAGCACACAAGCUUUUGUACAAAGUCCUCACUGUUUUCCCGACGCCUGAGCUACAAGACAAGACGACGCCUUCCGCGUAUACACUCCUCGCAGGACAAUAUGUUUAUCCUUUUAGCUUCAAGUUCCCGUUCAAUAACGACUGCCAAAAGCGAACCUCAAUGGCAAUGAAAGACAUCAAACUCGGCCACUUGAAUGUUCAGUUCGCUCCGGAUCUGAAUAAGCAUGUGAAGAAGACCCUACCUCCGUCGUUGAGCGGCUUUCCAGGCGAGGCAGAGAUAAAGUAUUAUGUUAAGGCGACCGUUGUCCGCCCAAAGUUCUUCCAGGAGAAUUUGAGAUCGAUCUGUGAUAUCAAAUUCCUCCCCAUUGAACCCCCUCGGCCUAAAGACCGCCAUGAAGAGACCUUUGCUCGGCGUCGGCGUCAAUUCCAGCCAUACCCUGCGCCUUCGAAAAAGACGGGACUUUUCAAGAAAUCAUCGGCACCACAAUCUGCAGAAGAAGAACCGCCGGCUUUUCAGGUCGAUGCGCGACUCCCGAAUCCCGCCAUCAUUACUUGCAACGAGCGGCUUCCUCUUCGGAUACUCAUUGAAAAACUCAAUGACAGUUCGGCAAACGUCUAUCUCAGUAUGCUGCAGAUAGAACUGAUCGGCUACACGAACGUCAGGGCGCAUGACUUAGAACGGACAGAGAGUGGAAGCUGGAUCUUGAUGUCACAAGCUAAUAUGAACAUGCCCUUGGCGACUGCCACUGACAAAAGCCGCAAGGAGUGGAAAUUGCCAUCCAGGUUAUGGGAGGAUUGUCCUAUACCAAAUACUGUUUGUCCGACCUUCGAUACAUGCAAUAUCUCUCGUCGAUACGAGCUUGAGAUUCGAGUCGGCCUUGCUCACGAAGUUGCCGAUGGAAUGCGGCCAGAACUCAUCAUUUUUCCUCUGCGAUUGCCUGUGAUGGUUUAUUCGGGGAUAGCACCUCCGCCGCAAUUGUUGCAAGCCAUGGCAAACAACCCACGACCGCAGAGUGUACCCUCACCCGUCUUUCCCCCACGACCUCAUCAUAAUAAUGGGUCGCCUGUGCAGAAGCCAACGCCGACUGGGACACCCACGACUCCUGUAUCUGAAACGUACUCUUUUCAAACCUCAGGAGAGUCAUACAGCCCUGAGCAACAUAAUAAUAUCCCCGACGAGGCCCCACCAAGUUAUGAAGAUGCAAUCGCAGAUGAUAUCGCACCUGUCGAUGGUCCCCGGCGAGAGUACGAUAUGCCUUCGCAGCCUGGGCAGGAGCAUGUUUUCAAUACAGAAAAGGGUGGACUUGGGCGACGGGUUAGUGAGAGGCUGUUUUCCAGUAAUAGUCCCGCGAGUCCCACGAGGACCGUGUCUAUGCCAGGCGCUAUACACUCGGUCCCAAUCACGGAAGAUGACGCUCGUCAUCCGCUGGACUCACCCAUCAGCGAAAAUGAGAGGCGACCAUCAUCGGGAAAAAGAAGUCUGACUGGGACUAACUCAUAA